GUCUCGACUACAUUGGCCGACAUCAUUGUGAACUCGCUUGAUAAUAUUAUCAAGUUAAUAGUGAAGUAAAGAAGUUUAGACUUUAAUUUUAAAAGAGAAAGAAGUAACAAAUUUGAAUGGCUUCAUAUGAUAUAAAAGCUGAGCCAUCAGAUAAUUCUUAUGAACCAUCAUCAGGUGAUUCAAGAAACAGCUCUCCAGUACCAGUUCCUAAGAAAAAAUACAGAAGUAGUUUAGCUAUCCAGAAAGCAAAAUCUGAAAUUCGUGACGCGAUGUCAAAAAAUAAAAGUACACCUAAACUAAGUAAUGUGGUGGAUAGUUUGUUACAGAAAAAUGAACAGCUUUUAGCUCAGAAUGAUGCAAUUAAUUACAAACCAAAUUCAAGAGCUCCAAGAGGAACAUUUGAUUCAAGGAGGCUAGAGGGAGCUGGAUUGGGUGAGACUACAUUUCUAGUCUCCCAGCAGUCGCAAGCAAGAAUCACUAAAACCCAGGAUAGAAAAGAACAGGAUUUGGUUUCUGGUAGAUUAUUGCGUCCACGUAGUCCAACCAGAAAGUCUGUUAUAGCUGAUCGAGACAAAACAGCAUUAAAUACUGCCGUCAUGGAAUCUGACUUAAAUGAUAAAGAAAGUGAAAAGCUCUUCCGUGUUAAUAAACAUGACAUGAUAUCAGCUGUGUCCUGCAAUGCAAUGUUUUCAUCAAAAGGGGGUAAAAUAGCAGCAAACAUAGACUUAACAUAUUAUUGGUGUAAUUUCUGUCCAUAUUCAACUACCAGUAAACAUGCAUUGAUGUAUCAUUUACAAGAUCAUCGUUUUACCUGUAAAUAUUGUGACUAUCAAUCAUAUUCUAGAGCCUGUGUCAUAAAACAUUCAGCUAAAAGUCACGAAGAAUUUACUUGUAUGGCAACAUCUUUAAAGUAUUGUACAGUCCUAACAGAUUAUCUUCAAGUCAACAAACAACCAAAAGCAACAAGUGAUGAUAGAAAAAGGAAAGGAAAUGAUGAUGAAGAGUCGUCUUCUAAAAUCCAGAAAUUAAAUACUGAUGAUGAAGCUGAUGAUGACGACAGUCAAUCAAGUUCCAAUAGUAAAUCUGAUAAACCUGCAAAUGAUAAUGAUUAUGAAUUCUUCGACAUGGAAGUAGAAGAGAUUGAGGAGAAUAAUGAUCAUGGAACUGUUACAGAAGAGCCCCACAUUCCUGAAUCUAUUCCAGUCAAUCAAUUACCCAAACUUUAUCCGGGCACUAUAACCAAUCAAAGAUCACAAGGAUACAGCAAUAGUACAAAAUCAAAUAAUAAAUCUACUAAAAUACAAUCUGACCAAGAUUUACUUUAUCAGCAAUAUGCUAACCCAAGUGCAGCAAUGCAAAUUUUACCAGAUCUAGAUGAUGAUAGUAGUUCUGGUAGAGUACAAACUGUAUCAUCACCAAGAUCUACUAGACCAAAACCAGCACCUAAAUUUGCUCAGCAGAAAGCAGUUCCAGCUAAACCAACUGUAUCAUCAAGUUUAUAUUGGAGCUGUGGUUAUUGUAGUUUUAAAAGUGAUAGUCAAUGGAAGAUAAAACAUCAUUCUGUGUCUAAACAUCCUGGUAAACCACACCGCUAUGUAGCAUUAAUUUUACCACCUGGUACAACUCAUAUUGAAAAUGAAGAGGAAGAAGAAGAAGAUAAAGAUAUUGAAGUUGAAGUUAAUGAUGAAUCUGAUGAUUCCAACUCUAAUCAGUCAUCUGGUUCUGUUAAUGGUAAACAUUCCAAAAAGAAGAAUAAAUGGAAAGUUAAUCUAAAAUAAUAUGUGAAGAAAGUUUUUUUCUACUAAGAAAUCAUUUGUCGUCUUUUGAAAUCAAACUUAGUGUGUCAAAUUUUUUUAUAUAUAUAUAUACAUUAGCAAUGUAUGGUUGUCUCUUGUCUUGUUAUCUUUUCAUUUUUGUCCCAUUAGACUGGGGCUCAAUGAACUGUUGUGUUUUGUUGAGAUAUGUUAAACAUGGGCUAACUGAAAUUUUGACCAGAACACUCAGUAUUAGUCAGUUUUUGAUUGUACUAAAUGUAGGUCUAUUCACUUGAUUGUAAAUGAUCCAAGUUUUGAUUGGUUAAAGAUAAACCAAAUCUGUUAGAAUUUAGCUUAAAUUGUUUAUAAUGAAUCUCAUCAAAAACUACAAAUAUGAAGUAAGUGUUGAAAAGUUUAAUUCAGACUUAUGUUUUUAAUGUUUCUUUGAUGAGAAUGAGGCUUUCUUUUUUGACUGAAACCAAGUUUGCUGCUUUUUAACACUAUACUUCAGUCAAAAUUUGAAUGCGAGACCAUGUGUUUAGAUCAUACUAAGAAUUAUAACUAAUUGUCAGAUUUGAGGAUUAAAAAAAGGAGUCUAAAUGACCCCUUGAUAUAUUAUAUUGCUAUUCUUUUUGUACUAUGGUCAACAACUAGGAAUUUGAUGAGAAUAUAGUGGAUCAGACAUCGUAUAAUCAGUGUUCAAUUUGUUGUUAAUAUUAAACUUAUUGAAGUAUAACCUCUUUAUUAAAUCAAGGUUCUUUACAUAGCAUUUUGGCUUUUAAGACCUAGAAACUGUUACACAUAGAAAUUGAAUGGAAAGUUUUUUUCACUUUGGAGAUUUUGUGAGAAAAGAGCUUGUGGUAAAGAGACGGUUUAAUAUUUGGAUGUGGUUUUAAUCCAAUGUUGACUUUUACAACUUAUUUGGAUAAAUGCAAAAAUUUUAUAUGGACCUUUAUAUGGUAAUAUUAUAUUAUUUCAUCCAUUCAUCUUGAUUUAGUUAUGAGAGAAUCAAAUGUUUUGAUAUAUUGUCGUGUAAAAUUUGUAUUGAUUACAAAAAUAGAACUAAUUUCAUGU